AAUCUAAAUUUCCGACCGUUAAUGCGUUGAUUGGACCAAAUGUUCGCAACGCAUUCGAAGGAGAAUAUCCCUUCAUCGUAGCUAUAAAACGAAUUAAUAUUACGCAUCCUUUACCAAACCGUGAUCAUAUCUGUACCGCAACGAUGGUAUCAAGAAUUCAUGUUCUAACUGCAGCGCACUGUCUUAAAAAUAGACAAGUGAAUAACACUGCUGUCCUUUACGGAACCAAUACUUUAAUAUAUGGUGUCACAUACAAUAUUCGAUGGUGGAUAUAUUUUAACGAAUGGGCACUUUAUAGAAAUAAACCUCUUCCAUUUAUAGAGAAUGAUAUUGCUAUUCUAAAGUUAACACAUCAAAUAGUAGGACAUUUUCAACCAGCUUUAUUACUACAAACAACUGAAGUAGAAAUGAUAGGAUAUCCCGUUUUCUUGGCAGGAUGGGGUACAAGUGACCGUAGAGUAUUAUCUCUAAAUCUACUAACAGACGUUGCGGUCGUUGUAUCAAAUGCUCAAUGUGAAGCUCAUAUUCUACGAGGGGAUUUUGGCGGGCCUGUUUUGCACUGCGGCAGACUUGUAGGAAUCAACAAACAAGUACUUCCCAAAGGAACCUCAGUUGAAACUAUCCAAAAAAUUAACGUCCAUAUGAAUACUAGUUAUUACAGUGAAUUUAUUACAGAUGUUACAAAUGAUGAUUUUGUUUGGCAUGGAAUUCGACAAAUUUUUACUUCUUGCCGUACGCAAUGUAAUUUUCCGACUGUUAAUGCGUUGAUUGGUUCGGAAGUUCGCAGUGCACAAUCAGGAGAUUUUAGUUUUCUUGCAGCUUUCAGACAUGUUAAUUUGCUAGAUCCUCAUCCUACACGAAAUCACAUUUGCACUGGAUCGCUAAUUACUAGAAGUCAUGUUCUCAGUGCAGCUCAGUGUAUUGAAAACAGAUCACCUAAUGAAACUGUUGUAAUUCAUGGAUCGAAUUUAUUAGAUUAUUGUGCAGAAUAUAAUAUAGAGUGGUGGAUUACUUAUACUGAGUGGGCUCUAUAUAGAAAUAUGUUUCUUGAUAUUGUAGAUCAUGAUGUUAGCGUUACAAAGUUGACGCAUCCAAUUGAAGAACAAUUUCAAGUAGGUCGUUUAGCACCGAUAUCCAUCACUGAUGCAGUUGAUAAAUUCGUUAGGAUGGCAGGAUGGGGUAUAAGCAAUCAACGUCAGAUAUCAAGAGCAAUAUUAUUAGGCUCUGCCAGAGUCUUAUUUAAUGAUGAUUGUGAACGUAGAAUUUUCGACGCAAGUGGACGUGCAGUUAUGAUUGGUGAAAGUCACUUCUGUACUCAUAAUUCACCUUUUACAUUACUUAAGCGUGGAGAUUUUGGUGGGCCAGUUUUAUAUUACAAUAGAAUUAUUGGAAUUAAUAAAGAAGUACUUCCAGAUCUCGUGAAUCGCUAUAACCCUGAGAAAGUAAACGUUCACUCGAAUAUUCAUUACUACAGAGAAUUUAUUCUGUAUGUCUCGAAUGAGAAUUUUGCUUGGCUUUAA